AUGUCCCAGAGGCACAAAUCUAAACAGGCAAAAGCAGACCGAGCCGCAUUCUUUCGGGCACGAGCCUCUGCACUAAAAUCAAAAGAAGGCCUCACUCCUUCCCAAGAUGACGGUGGUGUCUGCUCGAGGGACAGCUCUCCCUCACACCCAGCCACACCAAGCUCAAUCACUGAAGAGGGACCUCUGACAGUCACAGCAAUGAGAGCUAUGAUGGCUGAAUUCUCAGUAACAAUCCAAGGUAACGUCACCACACAAAUACAGGCAUUAGCAACUGAGCUAAGAAAAGAGAUCCAUGACAUAGGCUCAAGAAGCACAUGCAUGGAUCAGAAAAUGGCUAACUUUGCUGGCGCACAUAACAGUCUGGCUGACAAGAUGCAAGAAAUAGAUGAGAAACUGCAAACAUACAAGCUCAAAUUGGCAGACAAGGAAUAUAAACAAUCUCCGCAUAAAAGGGAUCCCUGA